AUGGGCCAUGAUUUGACCUCUCUAGGACUUGAUCUCGACUCUCCUGAACCCCUCUACCCUACAUUCACUCCCUUUCAAGCGGUAGGCAGCUCAGGAUCCUCCCUCGACUUUCACGACCGCCACAUCAUCCCCGACUUUACCCUCCCCAGCGCCUACACCGUCACCAACGUCCCGCCACUCACCAGUCGAAUGGGUACAUUCAACGACGAAACGCUCUUCACCAUCUUCUACCAACACCCCCGCGACGUCCUGCAAGAACUGGCCGCGCACGAGCUCAUCAACCGCGACUGGCGCUGGCACAAAGUCCUGCACCAAUGGCUGCAAAAAGACACGCGCGACUCCCCCACCACCGCCUCCCCGCUCAUGCUCCGCGGCGUCUACAUUUUCUUCGACGCGAUGAACUGGCGGCGCGAGAGGCGCUUGCUCGAGCUCGAUUAUGAGAGUUUGGAUCCGCCUAGGGUUGUGGGGGGUGCCGGGGGUGCGGGGCCGUCGGCGCUGGGGUUGGGCAGUGCGCAGCAGUUGCAGAUUGGUGGUGGAGGGCAGCAGAGCGGAGGUGGGGUAAGUGGCGGCGGCUCGAGUCAGAUUCUCCCGUCGUAG